AUUGAACAAAAGAUUCUGCUUACACGCACCCAGGCAGCGGAAGGAUGUUAAGGGCAGAAUAAAAGACUAAAUGAAAUGAAAGACUUACCAGUGCCUAUUCAUUUCUUCCACUCAGAAAAAAAAAAUAAUUGAAAGAAAAAUGAAGUGUAAACCACGCCUUGCAACCACAAAGGAAAAGGGGAAAUAAACAUGCAAGCUGCUGUUGGAGCUCUUUGAAGCGAGCUGGGUGGAGAGGAACACAGAUUUGUGGGUGGACAAGAAGGCCUGCACUUGUCUUGACAAGCACUUGCCCACUGAUGUCUGUCGGUGUUGAGGUGCACAGAAGAAUCGCUCUUGACUGUGGGGUUGUUAAAGUGCCUAUCCUGCCAGCGGUCUGCAGAACAGAGAUACUUCUCCACAGGACAACACCUUAAAACAGGACCUAUCUUCUGGAACAUCUGAAAUGAUGUGUGGACAGACCAUCUGGACAACCUUUCUGGACAUCCUGAGUCGCACUUUAUUUGCUGUCCAUGGGGGGAUGCUGGUGUGGUGCGUGGUCUCAGUGAAAAGAGACCCUUUUUAUUGGGUACUGCUGCUCGGCGUUUUAUUCCUGGUGGUAGAAAUGAUAGUGACUUGGAAGUUUACAACCCACGGAUGGUGGAAAUGGUUCUCUCCAAUGGUGUUCUUAUACCUGUGUACUGUCAUUCCUUCAAUUUGGAUACUGGAGCUGCAGACGCUGCAGUCAUACUCAUCAUCCAACACAACAACAGAGAUGUAUGGCAAAGAAAAACAUGAGCAGAUUCUGCACCUGCGACAGACCUUACCAUUCGUUCUGGUUCUGGGACGCUGGAUCAUGCCGAAAGGUGAAAUGUCCCGGGAUGACCUGUCUAAUAUCCUCACAAAUUUCCUGAGUCUGGGGGCUGACAUUCUGGAAUUAUCUGAGGUCUUCAAGGACAAGGAAGUGCGGUCCCACUACAAGCUACUUGUAAUCGGGCUUAGCCUCUUUAGCCUGGCCCUCAUGCAGUUCCCCCUAGUCAUAACAAAAAUCCAACUUCCAGUAACCCAUCCAGCCCCAAAACAUUUGCUUAAGAGAGUCCGAGACCACUCGGUGGAAGAGGGCUGCAACAAGAUCUUAGGUUUGCUGAUCAAUGUGGUCAUGCAGGAUGCGCCUUUCCUCGUCUAUCGACUUUACCUGAUAACUAAGCUGGGGGUAUACGACGACACAAUAAUCUACUUCACCUGCAAGAACAUAGUAAUGAUCCUCAUUGAUGUCUACACUAUCCUCGUGAUUGUUUGUGGGAAAGGAGUGCUGCGACAGAAUAGAAGCACACCAGUCUGAGAAAGAAAGCAUCACACAGCAAUCCCAAGGUUUGAACAUCCAUAAUCUCGGAUUGGGAACGUCAACCCCUCCCUUGGACUACCAGAAGCAUUCUGGAGCUGCUACUGUACCUCAGCCAAGCCCUUAAAGAGGACGUCAUUAAUGGUCAACAGCUUCUUUCUAUUUUCUUUUUCUUAGUUACAGAAAUGAUAAUGCUUAUAGGACAGUGGACUUUUUUAUUUCAUGUGUAAAAUGCACAGCACUCCAUCUGUCUUUUUAAAGGUACACUGUUAUUUAUCUCUUUCAAUUAGCUCAGGAACAGUAAGGGUGUCCUAUACGUUUUUUUAUAUAUAUUAUUCGACUAUUCAGGCAAAGGAUAUACUAUAUCUCAAAACUCAAAAUGUUAUAGACCUCUUCAUGUCCUUCAGGUCUUAACAGAAAACGUAUAUAAAUGAUUUAUUUCAAGA